AUGGAUUUGAUGGAGGAUAUUAUCUGUAGGAUUCCCUUAAAAUCUAUGAGAGCAGUGCGAUUAACUUGCACAAAGUGGAACACGCUAUCGAAAACCAAGAUAUUUACAAAGAUGCACUUUGAUAAAACAUUCGCUCCAAAGAAAUAUGAUGAGUCUGAGUCUAGGAUGAUCGUGUUAAUGGAAGACAAUCUUUAUUUAAUGAGCGACGUUAAUGAUUCAUCUGGAGAGCAGACAGGUAAACUAACUUGCCUUGACGAACAAGUCAAGAUAUCUGGUGUCUUUCACUGCGAGGGGUUAUUGUUAUGCACGUUGAAAGACGAUGAUACUAAGGUUGUGGUUUGGAAUCCAUAUUUGGGACAAACAAGGUGGAUCGAAGCAAGAUAUCCUCACGUCCUACGCCCGAGACAGAGUGGCAUGCUCCUGUUCGAUUACUCUCUCGGAUACGAGGAUAAGAGAUCUUGUCGUAACCACAAAUUAUUGAGAUUUAUAGAUGGUUUCAUAUUUAGACAGUGGAGCGAGUUUUCAUGGUAUGAAAUAUACGAUUUCGAGUCUGGUUUGUGGACGACUCUCGAUGUCACUGAUCCAUACUGGUAUAUAACUGGCGCUGGUGUUUAUCUCAAAGGUAACACUUAUUUUUGUGCUACAAAACGGAACUCUGGUGUAGACGCCGACCACAUAAUCUGUUUUGAUUAUACAAGAGAGAGAUUUGGUCCGCUUCUGCCUUUGCCUCCGCUAUUUCAAAGUACUGGUCACCGUGUGGCUCUAUCUUGUGUUAAAGAAGAGAAGAUUGCGGCUUUAUGGGAGCACCGAGAAGAAUAUGGUGACAUGUUUGAGAUAUGGAUCACGACCAUGGUUGAGCCGGAGAAAAUAUCGUGGAGCAAGUUCUUUACAUUUGAUGAUGAUUCAUUCUCUCGUGACAUUGGCAUUCAUCUUACAUUAGGGAGUUUCUACAUUGAUGAAGUGAAGAAAGUCGUCAUGAUCUUUGGUAAAAGGUUGAAGCGCCACAUAGUUUGCAUUAUUGAGAAUGAAGAUUCUCAUGACGUAGUAGAGCUUGUGGAUCACGAAGUUUGUCCCGGGGAAAAGUGGUGGGAAUCACCACGUGUGUGCUCUUAUGUUCCAAGUUUAGCGCAAAUCAAGGAACCUAAAGGAGGUCAAAGGCAAAAACAGAGUGAUUUAGAAAAGCUUCGCUAUGAUGAUAUGAUGUCGAGACUUUCCUACUUUGAAAGCAAGUGCAAAGGGCCUGAUCCCAACUGCUGA